CGGCCUUUGAGACACCGGAAGCAGCUGGGGCUGCUGCGGGAAGUGGCCGGCUCCGGAGGCGGGGACCCUGCGGGCAGUGCCGCGGACCCAUUUUCCGGCGCCCCUGGCGCUACUCGCCUCCUCUCCCUGGCCAGGAGAGCAGAGCGGAGUUUGUGGCGCCUCGGCCGCAGGCCACGGUGGGCCGCGCUGGCGGGGCCCGCGGGAGAGGCCGAGGAGGUAUUACCUCAUUUGGGAAGCCUUGAGAAACAGGAAAGACAUUCUAACAAAAUGUCAACUUUUCGAAAUCAUUGUCCACAUUUGGAUUCAGUUGGUGAAAUAACAAAAGAAGAUUUGAUACAAAAAUCACAUGGUACUUGUCAGGAUUGUAAAGUCAGAGGACCAAAUCUUUGGGCAUGCCUGGAGAAUAGAUGUUCGUAUGUUGGCUGUGGUGAGUCACAAGUAGAUCACAGCACUGUACACUCUCAGGAGACAAAGCAUUAUUUAACUGUGAACCUUACUACUCUUCGAGUAUGGUGUUAUGCUUGCAGCAAAGAAGUAUUUUUGGACAGAAAAUUAGGAACUCAGCCUUCAUUGCCUCAUGUAAGACAACAGCAAAUACAAGAAAACACUGUCCAGGAUUUUAAAAUACCUAGUAAUACAACAUUGAAAACUCCUUUGGUUGCUGUAUUUGAUGAUCUGGAUAUAGAAGUGGAAGAAGAAGAUGAACUUAAGGCAAGAGGACUUACAGGUUUGAAAAAUAUUGGAAAUACUUGUUACAUGAAUGCAGCUUUACAGGCUCUUUCUAAUUGCCCACCGUUGACACAGUUUUUUCUUGACUGUGGAGGAUUAGCUAGAACAGAUAAGAAGCCAGCCAUUUGUAAAAGUUAUCUCAAACUGAUGACAGAAUUGUGGCAUAAAAGCAGGCCAGGGUCUGUUGUGCCUACUAAUCUGUUUCAAGGAAUUAAAACUGUAAAUCCAAUGUUUCGGGGGUAUUGUCAGCAGGAUGCUCAAGAAUUCCUUCGAUGUUUAAUGGAUCUGCUCCACGAAGAACUGAAAGAGCAGGUCAUGGAAGUAGAGGAGAAUCCUCAAACCAUAACCGCUGAGGAGACCAUGGAAGAUGACAAGAGCCAGUCAGAUGUGGAUUUCCAGUCCUGUGAAUCUUGUAGCAACAGUGAUAAAGCGGAGAAUGAAAAUGGCCCCAGAGGCUUUUCUGAAGAUAAUAAUGAAACAACAAUGUUAAUUCAAGAUGAGAACAAUUCCGAAAUAUCAAAAGAUUGGCAAAAAGAGAAGAUGUGUAGUAAGAUGAAUAAAGUAAAUUCUGAAGGAGAAUUAGAUAAAGACAGAGACUCUGUGUCUGAAACAGUGGACUUGAACAACCAGGAAACUGUCAAAGUGCAGAUACAUGGCAGAGCCUCAGAAUAUAUCACUGAUGUCCAUUUGAAUGAACUGUCUACACCACAGAUCCUUCCAUCAAAUGAUGGUAUUAAUCCACGUUUAUCAGCAAGCCCUCCUAAAUCAGGCAAUUUGUGGCCAGGAUUGGCGCCCCCACACAAGAAAGCUCAGUCUGCAUCUCCAAAGAGAAAGAAACAGCACAAGAAAUACAGAAGUGUAAUUUCAGACAUCUUUGAUGGGACAAUCAUCAGUUCAGUACAGUGUCUGACUUGUGAUAGGGUGUCUGUAACCCUCGAGACCUUUCAAGAUCUGUCCUUGCCAAUUCCUGGCAAGGAAGACCUUGCUAAGCUGCAUUCAUCGAGUCAUCCAACUUCUAUAGUCAAAGCAGGAUCAUGUGGGGAAGCGUAUGCUCCACAAGGCUGGAUAGCUUUUUUCAUGGAAUAUGUAAAGAGCUGGUUUUGGGGUCCAGUAGUAACCUUGCAAGAUUGUCUUGCUGCCUUCUUCGCCAGAGAUGAACUAAAAGGUGACAAUAUGUACAGUUGUGAAAAAUGUAAAAAGUUGAGGAAUGGAGUGAAGUUUUGUAAAGUACAAAAGUUUCCUGAGAUUUUAUGUAUCCACCUUAAAAGAUUCAGACAUGAACUGAUGUUUUCCACCAAAAUCAGCACCCAUGUUUCAUUUCCACUGGAAGGCCUGGAUCUUCAGCCAUUUCUUGCUAAAGAUAGUCCAGCUCAGAUUGUGACAUAUGACCUUCUGUCAGUCAUUUGUCAUCAUGGGACUGCAAGUAGUGGACACUAUAUAGCCUAUUGCCGAAACAAUUUAAAUAAUCUGUGGUAUGAAUUUGACGAUCAGAGUGUCACUGAAGUUUCAGAAUCUACAGUACAGAAUGCAGAAGCUUAUGUUCUUUUCUAUAGGAAGAGCAGUGAAGAGGCACAAAAAGAGAGACGAAGGAUAUCAAAUUUGUUGAACAUAAUGGAACCAAGCCUCCUUCAGUUUUAUAUUUCUCGACAGUGGCUGAAUAAAUUUAAGACCUUUGCUGAACCUGGCCCUAUUUCAAAUAAUGACUUUCUCUGCAUUCAUGGAGGUGUUCCUCCACGAAAAGCUAAUUAUAUUGAAGACUUGGUUUUGAUGCUGCCUCAGAACAUUUGGGAUAACCUAUAUAGCAGAUAUGGAGGAGGACCAGCUGUUAACCAUCUGUACAUUUGUCAUACUUGCCAAAUUGAGGCAGAGAAAAUUGAAAAAAGAAGAAAAACCGAGUUGGAAAUUUUUAUUCGGCUCAACAGAGCAUUCCAAGAGGAAGACUCUCCAGCUACUUUUUACUGCAUCAGCAUGCAGUGGUUUAGAGAAUGGGAGAGUUUUGUGAAGGGUAAAGAUGGAGAUCCUCCAGGUCCUAUUGACAACACUAAAAUUGCAGUCACUAAAUGUGGUAAUGUGCUUCUCAGGCAAGAUUUCGAUCCAACCAUUGAGGACUCCUAUACAAAGCAAUGUGUGAUAGAUGACAGAGCAGCCCGAGUAGAUAUUUUGGAUACAGCUGGACGAGAAGAAUUUGGAGCGAUGAGAGAACAGUAUGAAGGCUUCUUGUUGGUCUUUUCAGUCACAGAUAGAGGCAAUUUUGAAGAAAUCUAUAAAUUUCAAAGACAGAUUCUUAGAGUAAAGGAUCGCGAUGAGUUUCCAAAGAUUUUAAUUGGUAAUAAAGCGGACCUGGAUCAUCAAAGGCAGGUGACACAGGAGGAAGGACAACCAUGGCAACUUAAGGUAACAUACAUGGAGGCGUCAGCAAAGAUUAGGAUGAAUGUAGAUCAAGCUUUCCAUGAACUUGUUCAGGUUGUAAGGAAAUUUCAAGAGCAAGAAUGUCCUCUUUCACCAGAACCAACACGGAAAGAGAAAGACAAGAAAGGCUGCCAUUGUGUCAUUUUCUAAGAAUCCCUUCAGUUUUAGCUGCCAACUGCCAGGGAAAGCCCUCAUCUCCUCCUCUCCUUGUGGUUUACAUCAUGUUGACCCCUUUCUAGCCCUAGACAAAUGAUCACCCUGUUAGCCUUAGACCAAGAAGCCAGCUAAUUCUUUGCAUGAAGCUAAUACAAUGGUCCUUUCCAGAUCAAUUUAAAGGAAACACUAAGGCUGCCUCAGAGAUUAUCUAAUUCCUUUAAAAUACUGUCUACAUACAUAGACACAUUUUUUUCUUUUUUUAAGGGCUUACGUUUUAUUAGGGAUGAAUCAGUUUUGGAACUGAAGUUAUUUGCCAAGCUUAAGUCAUAGGUUGUGAAAUACUUUUUAACUUCUGGAAUCAUUGCCUACUGUUACUCUAAAUAGAAACAUAGGGAGUUUAAAAAAAAAAUGUGAAUUUUUGCCUAUCCUUAAAAAUUUUGAUGUCAACUUUAUCUAACCUUAAAUACACUGAAUGGAAUCUACAAACAGACCUUUCUUGAUGCUACAGCUUUUAUUUUCCAGUGGCCAAAAAUACCAAAAUGUCUAUUGUAUUUAUGGAUUAAAAACUGCUUAAUGAAGCCUUUGUUAUUACUCCUCCUCUUGAAGAUGAUAAUAUUCUAUGUGGCCAAGUAUUUGGACCCAUUCUGGACUUAGGCAUUUUACUGUAGUUUCUUAAUUUAAUGCUUUUCACACUCUUGCUAAUGGUAAGAAUGAGUAAUUUCUGUCUUCAUUUUCAAGUAUUUCUGUUUGAUAUAAUAUAAAAUGUGGAAUUGAUCUUUCCAGAGUCAGAGAGGAUUAAUGUUUUUGCUGUAUACUUUUAUACAUUAUUUUCUUGUCAAACUAGUUAACAAGUAUUUUUAUAUGUUUGUAAGCAAAUAUGCUUUCACAGCAUACCCUGUGUAUAUGUAAAAAUAAGUAUUUAAUUCUCACUGUUCACUUUUAACUGACAAAGAAAAAAUGGAAACCGUAGAAACUGUGGUAGAAAUUUGACUUGCCAGUCUGGUCCUGGUUGUAUGCACUUUUGGCCAGUCGUGUCCCUACUCGAGAAACCUUCUUAGUAGAGAAGCGGCAGGACAAGACUGCAUCGCUGUCAGGACCCCCCACUAGGUAUUGACUGCUAUAUCAAGUAUUACAUGUAAAACCUUUGAUUGACAAUUUAGUAUAAUUGUGGAUGGUUUCUGAUUUUGUUUUUAAUUCUGUGGAUUGUGUUUAAACAAUUCAAAAGUAUAUUUCUGAUGA